AUGACCUACUCUAUCUUGCCAGAAAACCAGGUCAACCGCCUACGCAAUCGCGCCAAGUAUGAUUACGAAACAGUCCACGGAAUCGUUGCGGCGACCCCGGUGCUCCACGUUUCUUUCUGCUCAGGAGACGAAGAUGCCGCCCCUACCAUACUGCCGAUGAUCGGUGCCCUGGGUACUUUCCCGGAGACUCUGCUCGAGGAGUCUUCCGAAGUUCCGGACCUGUACUUGCACGGGUCGACAAGUGCGCGGUUGCUGAAAGAAAGAGGCAAAGAAGUGAAAGUAUGCGUAGCCGCUACAAAGGUGGAUGGAUACGUCCUUGCCUUGACGCCCUUCCAUCACAGCUACAACUUUCGAUCAGCAAUAUUGCACGGCUCAGCUGAAGUCGUGAAGGAUGAGCAGGAGCGUCUAUUCGCCAUGGAGCUCAUUACCGACAAGGUCGUCCCUGGGCAGUGGAGGGUAACGCGGACACCGCCAACUAAGGUCGAGUUGCAGUCGACGCAAAUAUUGCGAGUACGGAUCAACACAGCCAGUGCAAAAGUGAGAUGGGGGACACCCAAUGCUGAUCGAAGGGAUUUGAAAGACUCUGAUCUGAUUCAGAGGUGUUGGUCGGGGGUGGUACCAAUGUGGGAGACGUAUGGAGAGCCUGUAUCUGGUCCCGAUAAUCAGGCUCCAAUCCCUCAGCAUGUGGUGGGUUUUGUGUCGCAGGCGAACGCGGCGAAUGAGUCGGUAGCUUACACAGCAGCGCAGCCACAAUAA